UUUUAAUUUGAUAUAAUUAUAUUGUUAUAAUAAUUAUCAAGUAUAGAUUAUUCUUAUUCUUUCUCCAAUCUUACCGAUAUCCCGAAACAACUGCUGCGGAUUGAGGUAGGAGGUCGACACUUUUAGUCUUGGAUAAUACAUUCACUGGUUCGGAGGAGUAUAAAUGAAGGACAAUGACCUAAUUGUGUGCAGAACGUGUUGUGCUUCUUCGAUGGUCAAUCAUCGUGCGCGCAAUUCAGAUUUGAUUAUUUAUAGGCGUAAAACUAUGCGAAAUUAAAUUAUUUUCUUAUUAACAUAAAAAAAAGAAAACAGAAAAACAGAAAAAGUCGGACAAUUUUUUAUAACGGGAACGGUGCAGCCGUUUUGUACGUUGCAGUCGACAAGAUCAUAAAUUAUUAUGAAGACAAUUAGUUGGAUUUACUGGCUCCUCGCCAUGUGUAUCUGCCUUUCUGAAGCGAAGAAUAAGAUUAGAAGACCAUUACUAUCUCCACCGUACGCUCCUACGCUAAUAUUAAAAAAGCCUCGGCCUGUCAAUCAAAGAAUAUCUAUGGGAAACACCGUUCACAUCGGUGGUAGUCUGUCUAAUCAGAGAGUACCUUAUCAGCACGCCAAUUACAGAAUUCGUCGACCGAUGUAUAAUGUUUUGUCGGCUAGCUGGAAGAAUCAAAUUCCAAUGCGAGCAGUAUUCCCCCCGAACAAUCGGCUAAUUUUGCCACAACGUGCUCCCACUAAAGAAUUAUAUUCUAUAAACAAGAUACCAGUAUAUAGUCCGGAAUACAGACCAGAAUUGGUAGUUUUGCCACCUACUCAUCGAGGGGCUGUUGAUGACGAUAAAGGACCUAUUCACACGAUUCCAGCACCAAAUUUGAGCCCAGCAGAUAAGCAGUACAAUACAGCUACCAAUUUGGAAAAUAUCGCGGAUCAUCGACCGUAUCAUCAAUCAUCAAGCGAUCUCAAUUAUCAAACUUCAAUACAAAACCCUAGAAGAACCACUUUUGGAUCCGGCACUAUUAACAGCAGUUUAUCGUCGCAAGGAACAGCGACGAGCUCGAGUUCGCAGCAACAUCAAUACGAAGUUACAGAAAGCAACGACGUGACUCUAAAGGAAACUGCUCAGCCGGCCAUCUUCCAACCGCAAGAUUUAGAUGUAACGAGGCUGUACUCGAUUAUAAUUAACAAUCCUCAGUCGCAAUCCAACGAGCUUUUUGCAGAUCACCCCGUUAACACCCCUUUAGAUACGAGUAUUAUAGGUUCGAAUGUACAAUUUGGUCAGUCAAACAUGCCAAUGCAAACGAAUCUUCAUAGUUCUCUACACGUCGGAUUUCCUUCUACUGCCAUUCCGUACACAAUAACGCAACAGAUACCGGCGGAUCUUCAUGUAGGCCAUCCAGCAGAGCCACCAUUAUCAGCUUCGCAACUUUACAAUUUGUUAAAUAAUUUUCCACACAAACUCGCGGAGCAGUAUACAACAGAUCAGCAACGCAUUCUUCAGCAACAACUCAGCCAAACUGCUCUUGAACCAGAUGCCGUAACAAGCUUUUCUCAACCGCAAAUGCACUCUUUCAAUUACGAUGAACAGACUAAUCAAUUACUACUGCAGCGACGACAGCAGCAAAUUUUACCUGAUCAAGAUUAUGCCUCCGAAAGUGCUACGGCAGAUUAUAAUCUUGAUCCAGAAACUUCAGGGGAUAUACGGAAACAAAAUAAUAAUGUACACUUCAACGAACAACUUUCAUAUCCUAUAGUUGGAGCGACCGAACAAUCUGAAAACAAUAUUGAAUACGGAGAAAUGAUCCAUCAAAGAAAUCCAAUCAAAUAUUUCGAUAAAGUGAUCGAUGAUAGUGCUAUAUCGACAAGAUUCUAUACGACACUUCCCAACAGAGAGGCUGCUGAAAAAUUAGCCGCGCUAGCUGCUGCUGGUAACAUCAACAGUCGUCUCAUUGGCCAGCUUCGGAAACAACAGAAAAAAGAUUCGCAGAAAGACGAGUCAAUGCCUUUGAAUCAUAAGACCGAUGACGAUGAUGUAGUAAAUCAACAUAGUAAAUCGCAGAUCGAUGAUGAGGAUCAACAGCAAAAAUAUAAUCAACCAAAAUCAAAUCAGAAUAGUCAGCAUCGCCGUAGACAAAGUUAUGAAGUACAAAACGAUGAAAAAUUACCUUUACAAAUUACAGUACUUGACGAGAGUGACUACAUUACGAGCGAUGACAAUCAAAGUGAUGUAAAGAAAGACGACAUAGACAUCGAGUACGAGUACGGGAAUGAGGAUGGAGAAAUUGAAGAUACACAAUCGAUGACUUUGCUCGAUGCAAACACGACGACACUCGAUAAUGAUUCCCGUAUUGAGUUUGGCAGUCGUUUGCAUUCCUAGAAAAUGGAAAAAUAUUAUCGAGCGUGCACACACACACACACACACACACACAUAUAUUACAUUAAUAACUGACGAUUGCUAGAAAAAGCAUGUGUAGUAUAUAGAUAGAUAUUGUAAAUUAAUUUAUUUUAAGUUAUUUAUAUCCCGCGCGCACGUGCAUUCGCGUGCAGAAGACGUGUGUGGUACAUGUUGCGCACAGUAUGUGUAUGUAGAUUUAUUUUAAUUAUUAUCCCGUUGAUAAGCAAGCACAGUGUAAAUCUUUGCCGAUUGCAUAAUUUCACAUUUGUUGCUUCGAAUAUAAAAUUCGCGCUUGGUGAAUAUUAUCGUUUAGCACAAUAAGUAAUACACAAUGUGCAACGGGAAAAUCAAUAAAAAAUCAAAUUUCAAUACACACAA